AUGGAGAGAAAAUUCGAAAUAGAUCCUCCGUUCAAGGAACAGUAUUUUUCGUUUAUGCUAGAGUACCUGAAUCUCGGCCAUAUGGAACUUGUUCCGCUAGAGCAAGUUAACGUCGCUCCUGAGAAACGUUUCUAUUUGCCACAUCGUGCCGUCCUGAAAUCAACAAGCACCACGACUAAAUUACGUGUCGUAUUUGACGGCUCAUGCAAAACAUCGACAGGCAUAUCAUUAAAUGAACGGUUGCAGGUUGGUCCUAACUUGAAUGAAGAUCUUUUUGUAGUUAUGACUCGGUUCCGUAGCUACGCAGUGGCAUUUACGGCAGAUGCAGAAAAGAUGUAUCGUCAAGUGAGGAUGGACAAGAAGGAUACAGAUUUUCAGCGAAUCGUAUGGAGAACAAAUCCCAACAAACCAGUACAACACUAUAGACUCUCAACCGUUACGUACGGUACUAAUUGUGCAGCAUACUUAGCCAUGGAAUCAUGA